AUGGAGGACUACAGAGAUCCUCUAAUUCUUCAGUCCCUUGAGGGGGCUGAGGCCGCCCGACUUCUGACGAUCGCUACGUUCGCGCUUUUAGUUUAUGAAUGGUUCAUCACGCUAGAUAGCGAAAUUCAGUGUUUCUGGAGGGGAGGUUGGUCGAAGUCCCGGAUGCUCUUUUUGGCAAAUCGGUAUAUGACGCCGAUCAUCAUUUUAUUUCCGUUGUAUUGCAAGUCCUGUGCUAUGACAUUAUUACCCGUUUCUGAUAGUUCCUCUCCCUCCAGGUUUUCAGACUACAACUCCUACAACUGUGUUGUAAGCAAGCAUCCAGAUGCAGAGACUCGCCUUACUGAUUCCGCGACAUCUAGUUGCCUCCGCGCGAUAAAAGCCUGCUUUAUUUUAACCGUUUUAGUGCUGGGCAUAGUUCAAGCCAUCCUCGUUCUACGAGUGUAUUAUUUAUUCUCAAACUCGAGGCUCGUUCAGAAUAUCGUGAUUGCAUGCUUCAUAGUCUCCGUCAGCAUAUCGCUGGCAUUCGCAUGCACGGCAUCAAUCAACCUUCGCCCUCUCCAGACCCUGGUUGCAUUUGGUAUCCGAGGCUGUCGCGCUGAGCGGCCUCAAGGUUUCUGGCGACUCUACCUCCCACCACUGGUCCUCCACACGCUACUGUAUAUGUUCACUGUUCUGCGAGCAGUCAGCAACAGGCAAAUGUUGAAGAAAAGCCCAGUUAUGCAGAGGAUACUAAAAGACGGUGGAUUCUUCUACUUGAUUACUUUCGUUUCUGUCGGAUUCACCGCCAUAGGUGCCUUCAUGGAGAAAACCCCUCACCUGAACAUCCCUGCCAUCUUCUCGAAUUUUGUAUUGGGCAUCACAUCGGUCUGUGUUUCGAGGAUUAUGCUCUCCAUUCAAUCACUGGCUGCGAAGCUUGGGUCGGACACCGCGUGGCUGCUCAACAACGUAGAACUGUCGCGCGUUCGUUGGCGACACGGUGCCCACGAAGGCGAGCUGAUUGUCGAUCUCGAACCCGCUUAUGAAGAAGAACAAGACAACCAACAAGAUAUCGAGUACAAUAGACGGAUGUACGCUUCUGAUGUGGAACUGGCGGACAUCAAGUCAGCGAAGAAAUCAACCGGUCCACAACCUCAAAUAACCGUCAGGACAACCCGGGUCGGGACGUUUACCGACAUGAAUGCUGAUAAAUAUUAUAGUCAAAGUGUUUUGACAAUGAAAUCAUAG